AUGCCAACGCUAUUCGUCGAGUGGGUUGACUCAGUCGUUUUCUUGCUCCGGUGCCUGUUACUCUCUUUAUUCACCUAUCACCUUGUCCACUCACGGGAUUCCCAAGAGCUAAAGAUUAAACCCAUGGAGUUCGCCAAAGCGUAUAUGGGCGACCAGUCUCUGCCAGUAAAUGAUCUACUCAAGGAACACCAGUCGGACGAGGGUGCUGCUCUCGAAGUGCGCUUGGCUGUCCCGAAUGAGAUACUGUACGACUCUGUGCGAUCAAUCGCCGCGCUGUCCAGCGAUACCGUCUACUUCACUCCUGGCAAGGAGAAAAAUAUGCCACCUCAAACGGUUCUCACGUACUUGCUACCGCUCAUGGAUCACUUGAAACCCUCGAAGGGAGUGGUACAGAAUGAAUAUGUUUGGCAUCCUCUUUCUCGGUUAGGUACGUCUACCGCAAUCGCUAAUUGA